UCCAUUCAAAACUCUUAAUUCGGGCCAAAAAAAAAUUCAAAAAUGAACACCUGGCACAAAAUGAACACCUUGAGGAAAAUGAACGUCUUACGGGAAAUGAACAUCUUGAUGGGUGGCAACUCUUAUCGACUUUAUUCGGCCAAGGAUCAGAAGGCGAAACCCCAGGAGAAGCCCAAGGGUAAGGAGAAUCCCCAAAAACCGGUUGAUCCUAGCAAGAAGACGACUAAGGUGACCAUGAUCAAUGGCGAGGGCGUGGGUGCCGAGAUGAUGAGUGCCGUGCAGCAGGUGAUUUGUGCCGUGAAGGCGCCCAUUGAGUGGGACAUCCACGAGGAGUACCUGGCCCCGGACAGCGAGGAUGUUUCCAAGGAGAUUCUGGACUCGCUGCGCGCCAACAAGGUGGGCAUCAAGGGACCCGUGGACAGUCGCCACUGGCAGCGGCAGAUCAGGAAGCAGUUCGCCCAGUUCGCCUACGUUUCGCUGUGCUCUAAUAUAGAGGGUUUGGACUCGCCCUACGGGGACUUCGAUGUGGUGAUCAUCCGGGAUCAGAUGGAGGGGGACUACUCGGGAAUCGAGCACUCUGUGGUUCCCGGGGUAAUGCAGACCAUCAAGGUGAGCACCACGGCGGGGGCAGCCAGGAUUGCCCAGUUCGUAUUUGACUAUGCACUGAAGCACAAUAGGAAGAAGAUCACGGUGGCCCACAAGGCGAACAUCAUGCGGAUGACGGACGGGAAUUUCCUGGAGGCCAUGCACGCGGAGGCCGAGAAGCAUGCCGAGAAGAUUCAGUUCGAGGAGAAGUACCUGGACACCUGCAUCCUGAACAUCCUUCUAAAACCUCACAAGUGCGAUGUGAUGGUCUCGUCGAGUAUGUACGGCGAUGUGAUGCGGGUGAUAACGGGCGGAAUGGUGGGAGUGCCCGGUAUUUGUCCAGGAUACUCGGUUAGUUCUUUAGGCACCGUUUUCGACUCGCGGAUGAAGGCGUGCCACGCCCUCGAGGGCAAGGAUCUGGCCAAUCCAACGGGGCCGCUGCUCUGCGCCGCCCUGAUGCUGCACCACCUCAAGAUGGACAAGCAGGCGGAUCAGCUGGAGUGCGCGGUGCGCACCGUCUAUAGGGACAGCGAUAUUCGCACACCGGAUGUGGGCGGCAAGGCCAAGUGCUCCGAGUUCGUCAAGGCCGUCUGCGAUUGCCUAGAGAACGCAAAGUAA